AGAGACACACCGACAAUGUUACUUCAAAGUUUCUUAGUGACCGUCCUGGUAUUCCAGGCAUGUCUGGCCAGCCCUCUUUCUCUAAAGCCUAGGAUCACUGAUGGCACCGAUGCCACACCCGGUGAAUUUCCUUACCAGGUAUCCAUUCAAUUGGGCUUUCCACCUUUUGUCCCUUAUCAACACAACUGUGGCGGUUCGAUUCUGGAUGAGACGACCAUUUUGACUGCUGGACACUGCAUCUCCAAAUUUGGCUCGCUUAAGGUCGUCGCUGGCAAGUACUUCCUUAUGGAUGACGAAGAUAGCAACCAAGAGUCUCUCGUCAAUAGAGUCAAAGUUCACGAACUAUAUACAGGAGAUAUUGCUCAACAUGACAUCGCUAUCAUAAAACUCGCAACACCUUUCGUAUUCAACGACAAAGUGUCUGCUGUCCAAUUACCUCCCCAAAAUGAGAUAGAAACUGGUGAUGCUGUACUCAGUGGAUGGGGUUCCAUCUCGAAGGAUUUCUUGCCAAUACUUCCUUCCGUUCUCCAGAAAGUCACUAUUCCCAUAUUAGAUAACGUCUCUUGUCUGAGGAAAUUCCCUAAGGAUAUCACCGGCACACAGCCGGAACUCUAUGACACGCAGAUCUGCACUGAUUCUACAAAGGGAGAAUCUGCUUGCUCAGGUGACUCUGGCGGCCCAUUAGUCCAAUUCCAAGACAAAGUUGCUAAGCAAAUCGGUAUUGUUUCAUGGGGUGUCUACCCAUGCGGCGUAGACCUCAUGCCUUCUGUUUACACUCGCACAUCAUCGUACAUCGACUGGAUCAAUAAGAACAGAAGAAUAUUUACUUAUUUAUUAUUAAGACAGAUUCUUUUAAUAUCUGAUUUGCAGAGUCUAUCGUGGAUUACAAUGGAUUAUCAUGUAGCGUCAUCAUCGAUAUCUUGCGUACGUACUUGGCAAAAGGAGUAUAAAACGCAAGUCGAAUAUCGGUUCUCAUCAAACAUCAACAUGUCUCCCAAAGUAAUCGUACUCUUUGCUCUUCUGGCAGUGGCAUUCGCCGAGAAACCGCAUCUCGGUUUUCGUAUACCACAAUUUGAUAUGACCCAAGUGGUCGGAGGCGAGGAAGCUCCGGCACAUGAAUAUUCGUUUAUUGUAUCUCUACAAUGGGGUAAGGACGAAGAUACUCUGUCCCACUUUUGUGCCGGAUCCAUUGUGAAUAACAAAAUCAUAGUAACUGCUGGACACUGCGUUCAUGCAGUUCCAGACGACGGCCUUUUUGCCAUCAAAGCUGGGAAACACGACAUUAACAGUCGUGAGACUGGUGAACAGAUGAUCAAAGUCAAAAACGCCGUCGUGCACGAGAACUAUCAAGGUGGUGUUGGACCCUAUGAUAUCGCCGUCCUCGAACUCGAAUCUGAAUUGAAAUUCAACGACAAUAUUCAACCGAUCGAUCUGCCGGAAGAGGGAAGCAAACCCAGUGGAACUCCGAUUCUUUGCGGAUGGGGCUCCACCUCGCGAAGCAGCAUACCAUCUUACCCAAGCAAACUUCAACAUGUGAAGAUGGUGUACGUCAAUAUCCCAGACUGCGAUGCUGCCGUCAAGAGACUGACAGGAUCGUCUCCCGUCCACGAAACCAAUGUUUGCACUGGCCCACUGAGCGGUGGAAUCUCCGCGUGCAGCGGUGAUUCUGGUGGCCCUCUAUUCGAAAUUACCUCAAAAGGUCCGGUACUCACUGGCAUUGUGUCUUGGGGCAUUAUUCCGUGCGGCACCACUGGUGCGCCAUCUGUCUACGGUGGAGUAAGCAACUUCACUCCCUGGAUCAUUGAACAAGCGGCAAAGUAACUAAUAUAAGAAUUGAAUUGUGUGUGGAGAGAGACUGUGUGGUCAAUGUGUACAACGAUGACGAAAUACUGUAUACUUUUUAGCGCAAAUCUAAUAUGUGAGAUUACAAGCGACAAAUAAACGACAUUACACACUUCAA